AUGCGAAACCAUCGUGUGGACACUCAAAAAGUGGCAGAAAAUGUCAAACUAGAGGUGGUUUACGAAUCUAAUCCAUAUUUUGCAGGCGAAAGUGUACAGGUUCUAAUCCGCCUCAGACAUCUGGGAUCUUUGCAGACUCAUGAACAGCUGGAUCUGAGUUUGCAAGCAUUGAAACAGCAACAGGAAGAUCAGGAGAAAGAAACUGCGAAUGGGAAAAGGAAAUCUUGGACGGUGCAAUCACUAUGGGGGUCCAUUAAUAGCGAAAAAAAGGCUCUCAGCGAGAAGAAUCAGGCAACCAUAGCGCGUGUAGAGAAAGAUCUACAAUUCCACAGUCCCGUCAGACUGGCAUCUUGCUACGCUCAGAUAUAUGGCUCUUUCCAGUACGAUCCAGAGGCCAUUAAUUCUCGUGGAUUCGAGCAGCAAGCGCACCAUAGGCUCGCCGGGGUAGGGUCCUUGAAGCUGUCUGAGGGGAAAAACUCGAUUGCAGAAAGCUUUGCAGGACUCCUUUUCUCCAACUUAGAAGAUGUGGCGCGCGAGUCCGUCGCUGAGCCCACCACUGAGCUGGUCAAAGUGCCCUUCUUUCUGAUCCCACAAACUCUAGUGUUUUCCGAAACUAUAUUGGAACCUGGACAGACCCGGACUUAUCAUUUCAAAUCCCCUCGACUUCCUCAAGAUCUGGCUCCCUCUUACCAGACUUCCAAACAGCUGAAAAUUCAGUAUUUUCUAAACUUUGGGUUAACGGAAAUAAAGGCCAAUCAAGUCGUUCCCUUCAAUGCCGACUACAACAUUCAUAUUUGUCCCUUCAUUGACGUUCAUGGCCGUCAGCAAACGUCAAAAUUGGACAAUGAUAUAUUCAUCGCAGCGCCUGGACGAGUCAAGGAGAUCAAAGAAAGUGUACAGUCUCGUAGGAAAUCAAGUCCUUCGAUAUUGAUGAGGCGAAAAAGCUCUUUGAUCUCCAUCAACACUCCUGAAAGUAAACAAGAAGCUAACCUUGAAUGCAAGGCCCUAUUCAAACAGUUGAUGAGCGAUCAAGAUUCUUCCGCUAAGUUAGCCAACGAUAUCGAGGGUUUGGUCGAUCAAGUAAUGGAAUGCCAGUUCGGUACUGACAAUACAGAAACGUCAGAGGAGGACGAAGGCGAAACCACCUUGGAUCAAAGUCAGCUAUCAGUACGGAAGGAAAGUGUUUCUGUGCGAAACAAUUUGACCACUCUCUUCCGAAACCUGACGAAAGCAUCGUCUACUACAGAGGAUGUAGAUAAUUCGGAUACACCUGAAACGGUCGAUUUUAUAUCUCAGGUAAAGAAGCUACAGAGGGAGUAUAUUAUAAACCGAGAUGGAGUUUUCGUCGCCAAAGUAACUUUGUCAAAUCUCUUUUACACAACCUCUGAUGAUAUUGAUCUAACGAUCCAGCUUGGUGUUGAUGAGCCCCACAAAGUUUCUGCUGUGACCACAUCUCUUAAGUCAUUCGAGCUGAUAAACCCGAAAUACUGCACAGAGAUCACUUCAGGAAGCAGCAGGCGACAGGGAAAUACAUUCGACGAAUCUCGAGCAAUUUGCUUCGAAGAUACAUCUACGAUACACACGAAGUUGUUGCCCCAAAGAUCUCCAACCAAACAAAUGACUAGUCAAUUCAAGUCUGACAUAUUCCAGUUCAAAUGGAUGCUAUGCCUAAAAUUCGUCCUCAUUAAUCGUGCCGAGAUGCCGGAGUUGAUGCAAAAAUACUACGAGGAUAAAAACGGCUCUCUACUACAUGCAAAGCAAUCUUUGGACGGUGAGGAGUUCGUUUGUCAUUUACCCUUGACAAUACUGCCCACCGCCAAAAAUUUCGCGGGCUGGUAA